AGAACACGUUGCAGCUCUGCAUUCAUUUCUUCAUUGUCUGUGGGACUUUUUAUUGUUUCUUUACUUUUGGAACCAAACUAACCAUUAAAUAUUUACUCCGGUUACCUUGAGAUACAAUUCAACUGCAGGGUGAAAGGGAGGAACAUUGGAACAACCAAAAGGUAUGAACUGCUGUUAGUUACCAAGGAGGAACCCAUCUGACAAACAACAACAAGACGAGAGACUCCAUUCUGUUUACAGCGUUCAUAAGGGUUUUACUGUAUCAAACCAACGUCCUACAGAGAUCCACCGGAACCAAACUAUUCUGACAAUUAUCUCAGUAAAUUUGACUAACGUUGGAAGAGAUGAGAUCUAUGUUUUCCCACCCUGCCGUCCUGUUCCUGUGGAUUCAGAGUUCUAGUGGAUGGAUGCAUCCUAAAUGCCAGAUUUAUGACAGUGGUGAAGACUUGGGACACUUUCCCACCUGGAUCUGCAGCCACAUACCUCAUUAUGCAGAACGUUACACUGCUGCCUGUCAAGAUGUCACAGCCAUCGAGGAGGAUCUACUUGGACUUCCCCCUAAUAUCAAUACCCUCUGCAUAUACAUGACACAUGGUGAAAAUAGAUCCAUGUCUCUGGGCUUUUUCUCUCAGUUUCAGGAUCUGGAGUACCUGUACAUUGAGGGCUGUUUUACUCAAAUCCUUCCAACUGGGAACAGUCACCUUCUAAAUCUGCAACAUAUGUACUUGAUAGAUAGCUGGGGAACAGGCUCUGGGUGCUGUGAUUGUCAUAUUGGGCCCCAUACAUUCAGAGACCUAGUUAAGUUAUGUGAUUUGACCAUACAGGGUUACAGGUUAACAGCAAUGGCCGCAGACGUUUUCCAUGGCAUCCCUCAGUUACAAAGAUUCAUCAUUAUUCAACCCUGUGUAGAUGAUUUGUCAGAGAUACUAUGCAGAAUAAUGAAUAUAAAGUCACUUAUAGAGCUAAAAAUAGUAGCACCAGAGAUACAAUCGUUAAACCAAUCAAACUGCUCCAUUUUAAACACAAAAGAAAGCAUGAAACCUCUUUUUAACAAUCUAGCAUUCUCUGACUUCUCAUUUGGUGAAAUAACACAUAUAGAGGAAGGUUCAUUGGCUUGGCUCCAGAACCUCACAAUGUUAUCAGGGGUUUUCAGCCAGGAAGUCCUACUGCACCUUCCCCUGUCUGGGAUAAAACAAAUCCAGGGCUUCAGUUGCUAUGGGAUCAAUGUCAUUGAUAUUGAAAGUAUCUGUAAUGUAGUGUUUUUGCUUUCAAUCAAGAAAAUAUUCGUAAACAAUGCCAAUACAAGCAGCCUCUCCAUGUCCAGUGUUGAAUUGUGCACUGGGCUAGAAUAUAUGGGUUUAAGUGUUGACCUAGAAUAUAUGGGUUUAAGUGGGCGUGGAUCCAUCCAUUCUACUACCCAUUUGAAAUGGAAUUUUAUUUCCAGACUAAAAAAACUUAACGAAUUAGACAUAGAUUUCCUGAGAGAUAAAAACCCUGAUAUUUGCUCAUUCCAAAAACAACCAAUCACAUGGUUAACCAAACUAACUUUGUUAAUCAAUGUACAAAUGCUUUUUGCUAAACAUUUUAGCUGUCUUGUUAAGCUGCAGUAUCUGGAUAUAAAACAGAAUUUAAUUUCAAACGUUGAAGACUUUGCUUUCAUGGGAUUGACAAAUCUGGAGUCCUUGGACAUUACAAGUAAUAAGAUAACACAGAUAAAUGCAAACACAUUUUUUGGUUUACAUAGUUUGACAUGGUUAGACCUCAGGAACAAUCCACUUAUUCACAACAUUGAGGCAAUGUCUUUCACACACCUCAUGUCUCUUAGACAAGUGUUUCUCGGGCAAGUGCACAACCCACUAACAGAACCUGUGAUCAAGAUGAAUCUGACACUUAUAUUUGGAGGAAUUCUGAGUCAACUGACUCAUCUGUACAUUAGUUCAGCUAUGAGGCCGAUGCAGUUGACUAUCGGCAGUAACAUCACAUCUAAACAGAACCUGAGUCUCCAGCUCAAAGGCCAGACGGUGUCAUUUCAAGGACUGUGACAGACCUUUCUUUCAGUCUGUAACCCAUCUUCAUGCUGAUGCUGAAGAAUUCCUUUGUGGAUCUGAAUUCAU